AUGGCGUGUAACCUCGACAACACAUGGGUGGAGUGCAUGGACGAGUUUAAGAAGCUCCUUGCGGAGAAUGGCUUGCCGUGGCAGUGCCACACCUGCGAGGGUGUGGACAAGGAGGCGAUGCUUAGUGCCCCGGAGGUGAUGGACGCCAAGACGGAUGCUGGCUGCGGCUACAGUUCUAUCCGCUCCCUCAGCAGCCUUUUGAGGGACGGCACCAUCCCGUCAGCGGCCACGUUGGGGGGCGAGGCACUGCUGGAUGUUAUGGACCUUAUUCACGUGAAGGAACUGCAGUAUCUACAGGGAUUUUCUCUUACCGCUGGCUGCCUUGCAUUUGCCUACUUCUUCCGCAUGGAUUUGUUAAAGGAGCAGAAUCCCACGUUGCACGCGUACUGCCGUGGUGUUGCCCGAUGUAUCGAGUUGACAACACGGGCUGUUAUGACCACGCGGGUUCGAAGUGACGAGGAUUUUAUUCCCUGGCUUAAACCACUGGAACCUGAGGAGGCUCUCAUUGAGGAGAAGAUAAUGAAUGAACUAGAGGAGGCUGCGGGCAAGGCGGAGUCCCCCACCAUUGCUGCACGACUGCGAUGGCGGAAACUUUUUCUCUCUGUAUUGAGCGGCUUUGUUCUUGGAAGCAAGAAGUCGGAUGCGGAGGCGGCGUGCGACCUUUGCGGAGAGGCAUGUGAUCUUUUAGGCGCUGCCGAGUUUCAGCGUGAGGCAGAGCCUGUGCAGGAUGACCGGUUUUUCCGUGAUACGGAGGUGGGCUACUGGGCCAGUUCGUUUACGCCCAGCAAACCGCUACCAUGCGCCCCUUUCGCGGAGGCAAUGCAGGCGUACAAGGUUAUGUUGAACCAACUUGCGUCGCUGAAGGAUUUGUUUACAAUGCCGUCGCUGCAGGUUAUCCUGGAGUUUGUGGAGGCGUUGGGGGCACGGAGGCCGCUUUUGCUUAUGAGAGCCAUAGCUGUCACUUUGCUCUUCCGUCAAGAUCCGACUGAGUGUUUUCUCUAUGGGGCGUCCCUGCCACAGCGCAUUCUGCAAGAGCUGGCCGAUGAACAUGGUGCACCGUUGUAUCUUAAGAUCUUUAAGGGUGAUGAGGAGAUGCUGGAGGCCGUCUUGAAGUAUCGUAUUCAGAAAACCAUGGACACACACAAGAUCACGCCGGAUCAACCAAUGCUUUUGCGGCACCAAACCGUAGAGGCGGUGCGCUCUUGGGCGCUUGAGGUGUCAAAGGCCUACCUGCUUCAUCUGGAAGCGAUGAUGUGCAAUCGUGGCCUCGCCCACCGCCGUCUCAUGAAUGCGCUGCCACACCUGGGAUCCUUGCAGGAAAUCUCCUACAACACAGACAAAUCCGUUUUUCUUUUCCAUCUUCCCUCCGUAUCCCCUGAGAUGGAGGCGGAGGCGACCAAGCGCAUGCCACUUCUCGCCAUGUACGUCAAUCAACACGUCCUUCAUGUGAUGCAGCUUAUUUUUUCAUUGACGCUGGAACUGGAUCUUUUCACGCAGGGAGAGUUGAUUCCGGCCCUCUGGUAUUGGAACUUCACGCAGCGGGCGCAAAUAGAAAAUCUUGGUCUACUGGCUCCCCCGCAUGCCGCCAUGAUUCCUGAGACGCGUAUUAACCGCCGUACCAAGGUGCCACUGCACAACCUUGCCCUCACCACACGCACCACGGGGCGCUCCGACACCGUUCGCCUCACAAUUCUCGAGACGGGACGCAUGAUUGCUGACGCCCUGUUUGUGGCAGCGUGUCUGUUGGAGGCAAAGGGGCUUAUUGAUUUGAGAAGCGCGGCGAAGCAUUCACUCAUGACCUUGGAGAACACAUUCAACCAUCGCAUGAAGUGCCUUCAACACAUCCGCAGCCCGCCCUUCACACCGUAUGCCUACUGCAUCGCUGCAAAGCUCGAUAUCAACACCGACGGAAACGUGGACUCACAAAAGGUUUUUCUAUACGCCCAGAAAGCCAGUGAGGUUGCCGUCGGCGCCGCUGAUAGACUGAAGCAGCUUAUGGCAUCAAAGGAGCUUGACCAGUCACGCAGGAAAGCAAUUCAACCACAGGUGGAGAACAUGGAGCGAACUGCCAGGGCAGUGGGUGCGUCAUUAGCGGCCUUUGCCACUGUCUGCGAUAACGAUGAGGCGCUGCGGGGUUAUCACGCCCGCAUCGAGUAUCCAUUCGAUCCCGCGAUGUUGUGUUUCACCUUCCAUAAAAAGGAGACUCAGUAA